UCAAACAGUGUUACCGCCACCGGAAGACCGUUCACCGUGGGGAGGGGAGGAAAUUUGCAGACACUGAUGCUUAGCUAACCUCAAAACAGUUUCACACUAUGAAAGCACCGAGGAGAAGCACCCAAACAACGAACAGCAAGCAGACUUUGAGGGUUAAUUGUUGUAUCGGCUAUUAUAUUCCCCCUGAGGAGAGAAGCUUUAUUUCCGUGGGCCAGAGACGCUGCUAAUGUUAGUAUUAUGAAUACUGCAGAAUGAAGACUGAGGCUAAUGCAGCAAACUCCCUCCGAAGACAGACUGACAGUUUACGUAAACAUCAACAAGCGUUAGAAGCGGAGCGUGUAUUUGUGUUGAAUGACCAUGACGACCAGCGCCGAGCGGAAGUUUAUCAAUCUGCGGAAGCGUUUGGAUCAACUGGGCUACAGACAGCCACUAGCCAUUGAGAGCCUGCCACUGGUCGAGAAACUCUUCAGUGACCUGGUCCACACCACAGAGAGUCUCAGGAAUGCCAAGCUUGCUGCAGGAAAGACGGAAAAAGAAAGUCGAAAUGUUGAUGCUGUUCUGGAGCCAUAUAAAGCUGAAAAUGCCCGGCUAGUCAAAGAAAGCAAUGAACUGCACCUUGGGCUGUUGAAACUGAGAGAGGAGAAGGAUCGGAUCAGCAGGGAGCUGAAAGCAUACAUCAGGAAACUGGACCAUGAAACCUCAGAUCUGAAAUUCCUCAAUAAUCAGUAUGUGCACAAAGUCCGGUCUCUUGAGCAGGACAGCAAAGCUAAGACAGAGCGUAUCCUACAGCUCCAGGAGAAGAACAUGCAAGCUGUUGUUCAGACACCAGGAGGGAAGAAACGAUCAAUCCCGUUUAGACGUCAGCGGAUGCAGAUAGAUGAACUCCUCCCACCCUCCAGUGGCUCCAUCCCUUCAUCUGUGGCACAACCAGAUGAUCCUUACAUCGCUGACCUUCUUCAGGUGGCUGAUGACAGGAUUCAGGAGCUUCAAAAGGAAGUGGCACAGCUGAAGCUUGACCUAAAGAGAGCGCAGGCAGGAAUCAAACAUCUAAACACUCAGGUGGAAGAGAGAGAUAAAGAGAUUGAGCGUCUGAAUCGAGCUCUGGAUGGUGGUCGACCAAAUGAUGUCAUCUCUCUGGAGGCUCAAAACAUCAGUAAUGAAAAACUUAUUGCUCAUCUGAACCUGCAGAUAGAGUAUCUGCAGGAGACCAACAGAUCCCUGGAACAGAGAAUUGACGGACUGCAACAGAGGAAGAAGACCGUGUCCAGUGAGGUGGCUGACCUGAGUGCUCGAAAUCAAGAGCUCUGUCAGGAGCUCACUGAGAUAGACCAGCUUGCCCAGCAGCUAGAGAAAGACAAGGAGAUGGUUCUAGAGACUGCCGACAUGGAGCUGCAAGAGGCCAAGAAAGAGGUUCAACGUCAACAGCAGGAGCUAGAGAACCUGGAGGAGGUCAUCACUACAUUAAGACGGGAUAUGGCAGAGGGAGAUCACGUGAAAGGCCGUCUGAGGGAUCAACUGCUUGAUCUUCAAGAACAGAAUGACAAGAUGGAGGGCCUAAUACACUUUCUGGAAGUAGACAAAAAGAGACUUCAGGAUAAAGUAGAAGCAAUGACACAGGCUGAUAAGCAGAUGAUUCUAGAAUUGGAGCAGAUGCGUGCAAGGCAUGGGAUGUGUGGCAAGGAGCAGUCUCCAUCCCGUCUUGAUGGCUUUUUGAAAAGUUUAGAGGAGGAAAGGAAUUACUACAAACAGGAGCUGGAGCGAUACCGGCUGCUUAGGGGCAGGACAGACAAAAGCCCCACCCCUAGUCCAGGCAGGGGGAGGAGCCCCAGAGGAAGAGGCAGCUGGCACGGAAAGAGAGAUGGUGACGCAGAGCUUUCACGUGCACUGAAGGAGAGGGAUGAGCUACAGUCAGUGCUGCUGGGCUUUGAGAAACACAUGGAAGACAUCCAGACCAGAGUUAAAUUACUGACUGCAGAGAGAGACCAGCUCAGCACUCAGUACCAGCAGGCUCAGGAGGAGCUGAGACGUGUCCAAAGGGAGCUUGAGUCCUCUGAAUUCCAGCACAGGAUCAGAGAUGACAGGGAACAGACUGAAGCUGAACUCCAGAGAGCUACUGCCGAGAGAGACGCACUUAGAGACAGGCUCAAGGUUGCACAGAGCACAGCUCUGACAGACAGAGAACAGGAGGAGAUCAGGAUUCUUGACCUGGAGAACACCAUUGAGAUGCUGGAGAGAGAGAGGGCUGAUCUGCGUGCUCAGGUGGCUGUGCUCAAGGAGAGUCAUGUUGCUGUUGAGAAGGAGCUGAAGGCUCAGUCAGCGGUGCUGCUGCAGAAUGUAGAAGAGGCCACACAGCAGAGAGCCGAGAGCUGUGCACUCAGGCUUCUGCAGGAGCAGAUGGAGCAGUCUCUCUCAGAUGUUCAGCACAGAUUAUCUGUCAAGACCAAUGAACUGCGAGCAGCUCACCAACAGAUCGACAAACUAGAAGAGAAAAUCGCUGAUCUGAGUAUACACGGUUCAUCUCAGAAGGAUGAGGUUGCAGCUCUGCAGAGCACAAUAGCCUCUCUAGACCGAGAGAAAGAUGCCCUGCAGGAUGCCGUGGACCAGAAGACUGAGAGUAUGGUGCUGCUACAAGAGGAGAUCCACAGGAAGGAGAAAACAAUUUUGGAAGUCCGGCUUAUAGUCACAGACUUGGAGAACUCUCUGGAUCAGCUGAAGGUGACGUUGAGCAGUCGAGAGAGGGAAAUCGCUAGUCUGCGCAGACAGCUAGACCAAUCACAAGAGGAGCUCUCAGCCGUCAGUCGAGACAGAGAGGUCGCGCUGAGAGAGAACCGCAGGUUACAGGAUGAUCUGGCAACCAUGACCAGAGAAAACCAGGCGGUGCACGGAGAGAUGCAGGAAGCUCUGAAUGAGAGGGAUGAACUGAAGCUCAGGGUUCACUCGUAUAUCUCAGAAGUGGCACGGAUAGAAAGCAUGAUGGCUGCCAAGGAACAGGAAAACAGGGACAUGCUGGAGCGUUUCCGGACCAUCCACACUGAGUCGGAGGAUAGAGAGCUGAAGCUGCAGCAGGCUGAGGGGCUAAACAACUCUAUCAGACUGGAGCUGCUCUCAUCUGACACAGAACGCAGACACCUCCGAGAGAGAGUCUCACUGCAGGACAGGGAGAUACAGGAGCACUUGAACGCUCUGCAAGCAUAUGAAGCUCAGGUGUCGUCGCUGGCACGGGCAAUGUCUCGUUUGGAAGAGGAGAUCCAGGCGACUCGAGCUGAGAAAGCCUCAGUGUUGGCAGACCUGGCCUCUGUCAGAGAACUGUGCGUCAAACUCGACUCCAGCAAAGAGCUCACCAUUCGCCAGCUGACAGCUAAGAGCAUGGAGCUGGAGAGAGUGACGGGUGAACUGGAGGAUGUGCACUCUGAGGCAGAGCUUCUGAAAAAGCAGUUGGCCAGCGAGCGGCUGACGGUACGCAAUCUAGAGACACUGCUCUCCACCAAUCGACAGAAGGAGUUUCAGACGCACCUGAGUGCCAGUGAGAAAGAGUCUGAGCUCAAAGUGCUGAAGGACCGCCUGGCUCUUGCUGACAGCAAAACGGCUGGUCAUGCUAGAGAGGUAUCUCAGCUGCGUGGAAAGCUGUCUCAGCUACAGACAGAAAUGGACGUCCUUAAGAGGCAGCUAACCACUGAGCGCUUUGAAAGGGAGAGAGCUGUGCAGGAAAUGCGCAGACAGGGCUUAUCUUUCUCUUCACUGCGUAGCUCCUCCCCUUUCAGCACCUCUCUCAGUCCCUCCAUCCUCCGCACACCAGAGCACUCCGUAGACAAAACGCCAGAAAAAAGUGUGAGCUUUAAGGAGUAGCAGUGAAGGAAAUGAUUCAGCCUGUCCCAUUUUCACUGACAAAAGACACAAAUGUUAUGUGGAAGAUUCUUGUGUUUAGUCAGUUCUGAGAAUACAUUGUGUUGGGCCAGAGAUGUCUCUGAGAUCAGUCCAGAAGAUAUUUUCUUGGGCUUCUAAAAGGGAAGUGCUUGUAUAUCUAAGGUCAAAGGGAAGAUUAUGCCACCAAAGCCAAUAUGUCGAGCAGUGUCUUUUGUUAAUUUAUACACUUUGUAAUAACUUGAAAGAAAUCGUUUUGCAGUAGUUGUAUUGUCAUUAUUGUUCUUAAUAGUUUUAGAAUUGUGAAUGGAAAAUGAGGCAGUCUGUAGCACUCAAUGUAUUUUAUAUUUUUAUCAUCCUUACAUGGCAGACCUUUAAUAAAAAGUUACACUUAAGAGAAACUGAUCUAAAACAUGUCUGAAAUGAACUGGCAAUGCAAGUGACCAAAGAGGUCUUCAGAAGUUGAUAUGGCCAUGUUACUCAGGGCUGUGUUAAUGUCACACUACCACUCCAACCUGUGUUUUAAAUGUGUAUGUAUGUAUAAAUAAUAGAACGUAUGUUGACUUAUUAACUUAUGAAUAAACAUGAAUAGUUUUUAAUAUAAUCUGUUUCAGGUUUAGUAUUUAUC